AGGCCACCCUGUUUAUAGUUUUCUCCCAGAGUCACCAUUAGCCUUUUCUCCUAUUUUCAUAUUUUUGCCCUCCUGCCGUUCCGAUUUUGCCUCCAGAGCCCCGACUCACGGCCACCGUCGUGAACAGCACCGGCGCUCCGCCGGCGUCGGCGUUUCCUUGGGGCGACGACGGCGCGACCCGACGCCGGCGGCACCUACCCCGCGCUUCUCCGCCGCCGCUCAACCAAUUCCUCUCUAGAUUAGGGUUUCUUCCUGACUAAAUCUGGCAAUUACACCGCCGCUCUACAUUUUCCAAUCCAUUCCUCGUACCGCCGACCAAGCCUGAUCGCGACCCGCAGCUCCUCUGCCUCCUACGCCGCAGUGGUAUUCCGUCGGCUGGCUCUGCAUCGUCUCCCCGAGGAUCUCCAUUUCUCGUGCUCAACCUGAUCACUCCCUACGUAGAUCCGCCCGGCCUAAAGAUUUCGUUUCUUCGUCGUGCUGUACUGCUCGCAGUUGUAAUUUGCAAGCUAGCCAUGGAAGACAACAAUGAUGAGCAUAAUGUAUCUCUUCCUCAGGAUAUCCAGCACACCAUUCUUGCGUCACUACCUGCUAGGGUUGUUCUCAAGUUUCGCACAGUGUGUAGAUUCUGGCGAGACUGCAUUCAAGAACCCAAUUUUGUUGAUCGUCACCUCAACAAUGCUCUCCGCUCCCACCAGUCCAUUGCUUGCUUCACCUCGGUUGAUGAGGGUCUUGUCUGCAUGUACACAUUUGAUCCCACCACACUGAACUGCAAAAGCAUGGAUCUCGUGUUGUCGAGUAGGUUUCAGAUGUCAGACCCCUGCCAUGGCUUGGUGUGCGCCUAUGAUUUAAAAGGCGCUGUUGAGGUGUUGAAUCCAACAACAAGGAUACAUUUGAGACUGCCAGUUUCAGAACUCCAGUCACUAGCUUCAGAAUAUUUUCUUGGACCUGUGCCUUCAACAAAAGAGUACAAGGUGCUCUGUAUCCACCACCGGGUGCGGUUCUUGACAUUUGAAGUAUGCACUGUUGGCGCACAGUCAUGGAGGGCAGUGCGCGAAUCUGCAGGCCUCCUGAAGACAACAAAGGCGGUCAUUGUUAAUGAUGUCAUGCAUUGGCUACUUCUUGAUGAGAUAUCCUCCAAUUUUACUCGGAACAUCUUGUCAUUCAACCUGACAGAUGAGAUGUUCUCUGAAACUGCUGUCCCAGAUGCUGUAAAAGACCGUGAAUUGCACCUGUUCGAGGGGGGAGGAAAGCUUCAUUUGCUGGCAAUGCCCGGUGAGGGAUCAGCACCUAAAACCUCAGAGAUUUGGGUGGCGAACUCGACCUGUGCAGUCUGGGACCACAUGUGCAACGUCACUUUUGUGCUACCUUUGGGCAUGAGGCCACUUUUCCUGCACAACAAUAAGCUCUUCUAUUGCAACCAAAGAAGAUUCUACUAUGUUGAUCUUCAGGAUGGGAGUGGUUCCUAUCUCAACAUGCCUUUUGGCGAGUGCAUCAUAUCGGCUGGGAUUUUCGUGGAGAGCCUUGCUCUACAUUCUGUGACUGGCCUGGUCGACUCCAGAACAACGCUACAAAGUCCUCAUGAUGCUAGAUCAUUUCCAAUAGGGCGUGGACCAUCUGCUCGUGGCGCUGGAUCGUCCUCAGCAGGCCCUCGACGAUCUUUCAAGAAGGCAAAGAGCAAUAUAAACAUGCAGUGGAGGUUGGCAUAGAUCUCCGCAAACCCCUGAUAUCGUUCGUAUCCAUGAAUAGUUCUCUGUUAUGUACAGCGGAUUCAAGCCAAUACCUAGUACAAUCCAAUAAAGUUUACUGGUGUUUGUCUGUGUAGAGAUGAAGAAGAAAUAGACCAUGGGGGUGAGUCUGGGACAGGGUAGAACAUAAGUAAGAAACUAAGAAAGUGUCUCUGUGUCAGUAGCUUGUUCGUUGUUAUCGUAUGGGGAUUUAUGCGCUGUACUGGAAAAUAAAAAUGAAAACUCUGAACCUGAUAUACUGUAUACUUGUUCUGGUUUGCUGUAAUGAACUGUAUUCCUGCGUUGCA